ACAUAACAGAUUUACCAUCAUCAUAUUUUUAUUUUUUUGUAUAUAUAGAAUCAUAAAUACCCACUCCUCCCAAUAUAACUUUGUUCUUUUAUUUCUCCAAAAAAAAAAACUUUGUUCUUUCAAAAUAUUCUCCACAAGCAUGAAGCCAAAGCUGUUAUUGACAGCAACCAUAGUUUUGCUCCUCUCUCUCUUGAUUGCUGUACCUGUUAUGCGUAUCAGAUAUUCAUCUGAUGAAACACCCAAUAAUGAAAAAUCUUCCAAUAACAAGUUUUGGCAAUUUGAAGCUAUUCCUAUUGAGGGUGCAGUUGGACCAGAGAGCUUUGCUUUUGACCCACUUGGUGGAGGCCCUUAUACAGGCAUAUCAGAUGGUCGGAUCAUCAAAUGGGAUCAAAAUCAACGGCGUUGGAUCAAUUUCGCCAUAACUUCUCCACAGAGAGAUGGUUGUGAAGGGCCACACGAUCAUGAUGAAAUGGAACACAUUUGUGGGCGUCCAUUAGGAUUGGGCUUCGACACAGCCACAGGUGAUCUUUAUAUCGCUGAUGCGUACAUGGGCCUAUUGGUUGUGGGCCCUGAUGGAGGCAUGGCCACUAAGGUUGCUACACGUAUUCCCUUGGGUUUCACCAAUGGUUUGGACAUUGAUCAUCGCAAUGGGGUGGUGUAUUUUAGUGAUAGCAGCUCACAAUACCAAAGGAGGAAUCACAUCUCAUUAGUACUAAGUGGGGAUAAAACAGGAAGGCUAAUGAAAUAUGACCCAAAAGACAAACAAGUAACUGUUCUUCUUAAAAAUCUUUCAUUCCCCAAUGGUGUAGCAUUAAGUGAAAAUGGCCACUACAUUCUAGUUGCAGACUCCACCAAUUGCAAAAUCAUGAGGUAUUGGCUAGAAACAUCGAAAGCUGAAACUUUUGAAGUCUUUGCUCAACUCCCAGGGUUUCCAGACAACAUCAAGAGAAGUCCUAGGGGAGGAUUUUGGGUGGCAAUUUAUUCAAGAAGAGAAAGGAUCUUAGAAUGGAUGCUUUCCUAUCCUUGGAUAGGAAAUGCUUUGCUUAAGCUUCCUUUUAACAUUACGAAAGCUUAUGCAUAUUUAGCUAAGUGGAGGGCAAGUGGAAUGGCAGUGAGGUUGAGUGAACAAGGUGAAGUAUUGGAAAUAUUUGAAGAAAAAAGUGGAAUUAGAUGGAGAUCUAUUUCUGAAGUGAAGGAGAAAGAUGGAAACUUAUGGAUUGGAUCAAUAAAUAUGCCUUUUGUAGGCAUGUAUAAGAGUAAUUUUUAGAUAUUUUCAGAGCACUAUGAAUAGAGCUCUCUUAUCUCACAUUCAUAAUAGGAUCCGCUCAUUAAAUUCAUAAUAGACCUCACAAUGAAUGUGAAAGGAGAAUAUAAAUAAACCUUUUUUUAGUUCCCUUUACAGUUUUUAUAGGUGUUAAGGUGUAAACUAGCAGGUUACCUAUGUGGACUAUUAUCGGUCUAAUAUUUCUUGAAGGAGCAAUAAUUUAAGAAACUAAACUUCUUUCAUUGA